UCGGUCCCACGCAAAAGGUCGGCGUGGCCGCUCUCACGCUUCUCUCCGCCCUCCGGUCGCGAGUUCUGUUCUUCCGUGCCGUGACGUGCGAACAGCGAAUAGCGCGAGCAAACGCGAGCCGAGCCCACAUAUAUCUCUGUUCGCAUUGAUCACCGUCGGCGCGAUGGCAGUCCACUGGAUCCGCACAGCAAUCUCUUCAAAAAUUGCUGGUGCACGGCUUUACAGCAGCAAGGUACACAAAUGCACCCUCAUUCCUGGAGAUGGUAUCGGACCCGAGAUUUCCGUUGCUGUGCAAAAAAUCUUCGAUGCUGCCAAGGUGCCAAUAGAAUGGGAAUCAGUUGAUGUAACACCAGUAAAGGGUCCUGAUGGCAAGUUCGGUAUACCACAAGCAGCCAUCGAUUCUGUCAAUAGGAAUAAAAUUGGCCUUAAGGGACCUCUAAUGACUCCAAUUGGAAAAGGUCACAGAUCUCUCAAUCUUGCACUCAGAAAGGAAUUUAAUUUGUAUGCCAAUGUGCGACCGUGUCGAUCCUUGGAAGGGUACAAGACACUGUACGAUAAUGUCGACGUCGUUACUAUCAGAGAAAAUACGGAAGGCGAAUACUCGGGUAUAGAACACGAGAUUGUAGAAGGCGUUGUACAGUCUAUUAAGUUAAUCACGGAGGAAGCCUCUCGCAGAGUAGCAGAAUUUGCUUUUCAAUAUGCGACAGAUAAUAAUAGGAAAAAGGUUACUGCUGUACAUAAAGCGAAUAUCAUGAGGAUGUCAGAUGGCUUGUUCUUGAGGUGUUGUCGAGAAGCCGCACAAAAGUUUCCAUCUGUCAAGUUCGAGGAGAGGUACUUGGAUACAGUUUGUCUAAACAUGGUGCAAGAUCCAAGUCAAUAUGACGUGCUUGUCAUGCCUAACUUGUAUGGUGAUAUUUUAUCUGAUAUGUGCGCUGGACUCGUCGGAGGUCUCGGUCUGACACCAAGUGGUAACAUUGGUCUGAACGGAGCCUUGUUCGAAUCGGUACACGGAACGGCACCUGAUAUUGCCGGCCAAGAUAAGGCAAACCCCACAGCGUUGUUGCUCUCCGCGGUCAUGAUGCUCAAGUACAUGGGCCUGAGCAAUCAUGCGAAAAUUAUCGAACACGCUGCUUACGAUACUAUUAAGGAAGCAAAGUAUCUAACCGGUGAUCUAGGCGGCACUGCAAAGUGCAGUGAGUAUACCAAUGAAAUUUGCGAGAAAGUUGCCGCCCAAACCAAAUAGGCAGGCAGACACUUUGUUGGCCGCGAAAUUUGAACUGCCAAAUACUCGUAGAAUUCGUGUGUCCGCGAUGAAGGGACCGCUAUUUUCUACCAUUUGUUGUAUCGCAUGCAGUUUUGUGCGUGCGUCUCUAUUAGAUUCGCAAUUGGAAUUGACAGAGUUACAAGUAUCAUUGAGUAUUCUUUCAGUCGUCCGCGCGUAUGCAUGUAGAUUUUUCUCUUCCUAAAACUACUAUCUUGAUUUAAAUUGCGUAAUUCGACUUUAUUUCAAUGAUUUAUCAAAUAUGAAACGGCAUUUAAUUGUUAUUCAUAAAACGUAUAUAUGUCACCGUUUCUAUCGAUUGCAUCGAUCGUACAUUGCUUCUGUAAAUAACCAACAUGAUAUAUCGUUUGAACUGUUCAGAGAAAAGAGGUAGAGAUUGUAAAGAUUAGCCAUGUAAAUUAAAUAGUAGGAAUGCUGUAUCAUAAUUUUAAAUAAAAUUGUUAUGCGAGACGUAUCACAUUAUAACGUCUUACGUUAGAGUAAGUAUAGUUGAAUGCGCAGUAUUAUGAAAAAAAAUAAAUAAAUAAAAGUGAACGAAAUUGACACUUA